CUGUGUCCUCUGGACCUGUUUUCCUCAGUUAUUGAACUGUUCGGUUGGUUUCGGUCUGUUUUCACCGGAUGUAUCCCCGGUUGUCAUUGGCUAUUCAGGAGCAGGUGGCCCCGCCCUCACGCGUCACUGGCUGCCGGCAGUGACAAUCAGGGAUAUUACCGUGACGUCACUGCGGUGCGGCAGAUGAUUGGUUGUCCGUCGCGCAUAAUCUCAUCACCGACUUCCUCUGGUUUUGUUCACCAUGUUGGAUCCGCUGCUAGUCUCAGCCGCCGUGUGACCGACAGUUUGAUCAUGUCAGCGGCAACGGAGCGACGUCGGCCCGACGUGUAGCGGCUCCACCGGGCGGCUUCCUGUUGUUCUCCUGACAGCGGGGCUCAUCGACGGAGGCUCGGCUGUUCUGAUGCAGACACACGGACUCCUCUCAGCUAGCUCCGGGCUGUCAGGUCCAUCUCCGCGGUCUCCUCUGUAGCUCCUGUCAGCUCCUGGCAGCGGGAGCUGAUCCCGCAUUAAAAGGAUUUAACUUUGUUCCCGCGUUGUUUUUUAUCCUCCGUGGGUCGUUGACUUGAGGAGACGGGGACAGUCCAACGCGGCAAACACGGCGCUGUCGAUGGGGGAAGUAAGUUGUUUUCCAGCCGUGAGCGAGGAUUUCUCUGGUCCUGUUCCGAGUCCCGAGUCCUGCUCUGAGGCUUCGUGUCUGUCACAGUGAUGGGGGUCUGGGUCCUGGAGCACGGCUCGGUGGAUCGGUGUAAUAAUAUGUGAGUGGCGUGGACAGCCGAGGCCUGGGCCUGCCUGCCUGCCUGCUGUACUGUGGCCUGGGCUGGGAUACAGCUCCUCUGCACCGGAUCAGCAGUGUUAAUUACGGCCGGAGAUUAGCCCCGCUGACGGAGGGCGGUCUGGAGGAGGAUUCACUUCGGAGGAAUAGAUGAGAUUUCCCGGCUGCGGGAGGAGGACGGCUCUGGACCGGGGCGUGUGGCGAACUUGGACACUUUUAAGAGAUGAAGCUCCGCUGCCUCCCAUGUGACAGGCUUUAGAUCACACUACUAUCAGGAGGGAGGGGGCACCUCCAUCAUGAGGGACAUCUAGGACCACCACUUUUAUCUACUGAGGGGGGGCCGAGUCUUUCUGAGUUGUGUUGUUGGCGCAGGUUUCAGAGCUACAUGUUCGUGCUCUCCGUCAUUAGCCCCGGGCCCCCGCAGCCUGAUGGAGAACCGGCCACUAAAUUAAUGUAGAGCCAGAGGGUCAUUAUGAUGAAGCGGCUCUGCACGGCUCCUCCGGCCGCAGAGUGAAGCAGCUGCUGCUGAUCAUUCAGACCUCACAUCACUUUUCUGUUUCUCCAAGUUUGAUGAGUCCCGUGUUGCAGCCGUGUAGCCUUUAGCAUCACUUCUGACAGGACGCUUCGCGGCAGUGGAUGGCUCUUUGCGGCACAGCGGCUACAAAUGUUACAAAAAUGAUGGCUGCUUAUAACGGUGGCUCCUCGGCAGUGGCUGCCCAUCACCCGCACCACCACCACCAGCUCCAGCACCUCCCGCCUCCCCACAUGCACCACCACCACCACGCUGGCCAGCAUCACUUGCAGCACCCGGGCUCCGCUGCCGCCGUGCACACGGUCCAGCAACACACGUCCACAGCUGCCGCUGCGGCGGUGAUGCUCAACCCCGGCCAGCAGCAGCCCUACUUCCCCUCCCCUGCCCCCGGACAAGCCCCCGGGCCGGCGGCGGCCGUGGCUCCCGCCCAGGUUCAAGCCGCCGCUGCCGCUGCUGUCAAAGCCCACCACCACCACCACCACCAGCAGCAGCAGCAGCAGCAGCAGCAGCAGCACCAGCAGCAUCAGCAGCAACACACACACCACCUACAACAGCAGCUGGACAUAGAGCCUGACAGGCCCAUCGGCUACGGAGCGUUCGGGGUGGUCUGGUCGGUGACCGACCCCAGAGACGGGAAACGAGUUGCCCUCAAAAAGAUGCCCAAUGUCUUCCAGAACCUGGUGUCUUGUAAGAGGGUGUUCAGGGAGCUGAAGAUGCUGUGUUUCUUCAAACAUGAAAAUGUUCUCUCUGCUCUGGACAUCCUGCAGCCUCCUCACAUCGACUACUUCGAGGAGAUUUACGUGGUGACUGAACUGAUGCAGAGUGACCUCCAUAAGAUCAUCGUGUCGCCGCAGCCUCUGAGCUCAGACCACGCCAAAGUUUUUCUGUAUCAGAUUCUGCGAGGACUUAAAUACCUUCAUUCUGCCGGGAUCCUGCACCGAGACAUCAAACCUGGAAACCUCCUGGUCAACAGCAACUGUGUGCUCAAGAUCUGUGACUUUGGCCUGGCUCGGGUGGAGGAGUCGGAUGAGUCACGUCAUAUGACUCAGGAAGUGGUGACACAGUACUACCGAGCUCCGGAGAUCCUCAUGGGGAGCCGCCACUACUCCAACUCCAUCGAUAUCUGGUCUGUGGGCUGCAUCUUUGCUGAGCUGCUGGGGAGACGCAUCCUGUUCCAGGCCCAGAGUCCCAUCCAGCAGCUGGAUUUGAUCACUGACCUGCUGGGGACUCCCUCCAUGGAGGCGAUGAGGACGGCGUGUGAAGGGGCGCGAGCACACAUCCUCAGAGGACCUCACAAACAGCCGUCACUUCCUGUUCUCUACACACUGUCCAGCCAAGCAACACAUGAAGCUGUGCACCUCCUCUGCAGGAUGCUGGUGUUUGACCCGUCAAAGAGGAUUUCGGCGAAGGACGCCCUGGCCCACCCGUACCUGGACGAGGGUCGACUGCGCUACCACACCUGCAUGUGUAAAUGCUGCUACACCACCUCCUCCGGUCGCGUCUACACCAGUGACUUUGAGCCGGUCACCAAUCUGAAGUUUGACGACGGCUUUGAGAAGAACUUGAGCUCUGUGAGACAGGUCAAAGAGAUCAUCCAUCAGUUCAUUCUGGAGCAGCAGAAGGGGAGUCGAGUGCCGCUCUGCAUCAACCCUCAGUCAGCUGCUUUCAAAAGCUUUAUCAGCUCCACAGUGGCUCAGCCCUCUGAGAUGCCUCCGUCUCCGCUGGUGUGGGAGUAGCUGCUGCUGCUGCUGCUGCUGCUGCUGCUGCUGCUGCUGCUGCUGCUGCUGCUGCUGCUGCGUCGCCAUCGACGGACAAGCUGCUAAACUGGAACCAGGACGUGUCUCAGCGUCUUCUGUCGUCUGCGUAGCAUUUCACUGGAGAGCAGGACUCAGGUCUGAGGAGACUCUACUGCUGACUGCUGUAUGUGCUGUAAGAGUGAGGCAAAGCUCUGUCGACCAAACCACAGACAAACCCACCUGCUCACUUAGAUAGAUUCACAGUGAUAUAAUGUUUUCAUACAUAUAUUAAUACAAAUAAAACAGAUGUUUAUUUUAAAUUUCUCUAAUCAAACAGAUUCAUCUCCCAUCAGAUUAAAUUAGACUAAUUUCUCUACCGGGUUGAUUCAGUCCAGACAAUCGACGAAAGCUGAUCACAGACACUUUUAUAAAAACAUUAUUAAAGUUAUUAAAGUUACAGACUCGUCCUGAACGUUCGGCCGUGGUUUUAAUGAUGUAACAGCUCGUUUACCAAAGACGAGGAGCCUCAUAUAUAAAUGAUGCAUAAACAGUUUCUACAUCAGCAUGAGACACGUCAGGUCACAUGGUUAAAGCGUCAGUGUUUUGAUCAUGAAUCUUCGACCUGCUCCAUGAUCCACCACAGGAGUCACUGUCGGCUUCUUCCUCAGCUCUUCUGCCCCCUAGAGGCCAGAACAGGUCAGUGCGGCUUUAAAGCUGCUGGAUGUAAAUGUUUAGGUUUUUAAUGUUCAAAGAAUGAGAUAAAAUUAUCAACAGAAUGUGAAGAAAUAACAGAUCUGACCUUAGAGAUAUCUACUGAAGUUAGCAUGCUAACCAGCUAGCCCAGUGUUGUAAUACCAGUUUGUACCUCAAGAGGCGAUAGUGAGUCGCUGUAGUCCAGUCUGCCUUCAGUCCAGCAUAAGAGGCGGAAGAAGAAGCUGAACAGUAAGUGAUGAAACCAAAACAUCCUAGAUACAGGUGCUGAUCAGGGGGUGGAGCCAUGGUAUCAAAUUCCCGCCCAUGCACCUGCUUGAUCCAGUUGUGAGUCUGUCACAGCUGUCAAUCAUGUUUUAUAGCAUCAAAUAACUAAUUAAAAACUCAUCAGAAAACACUUGAACGUCAGUGAGAUGUUUUCCUGCGGUUUCACCUGUUCACCUGUUCAUGCUAACCACAGCUUUAGCUCCAGUGGUGAGCGAGUGAAGUUUCAUGUCUCAUGUGUCAGAGGAAGUAACUGAGUGCAUCAGCUGUUUGUCACAUGACUUCAGGACUGUGUGUUUAUACAUGAGGCUCCACUCUGUGAUCAGACUGAACCUGAAGAUCCAGUUUCCUGUCUGAACUGAAUCUGAAUCAGAUCCAGUUCUGAUCACGUAGUUCUGACGGUGAAGAAGAGACCCCCCCCCCCCACUGGUGUAAACAGUCCUAUCUGUUCUUAUGAAGGAAUGUGCUGUGUGUCUCUUGAUGUCACUGCUGAGGUCACUGCUGAGGUCACUGCUGAGGUCACUGCUGAGGUCACUGCUGAGGUCACUGCAGGGUCAGUGAAGGUGAUUCACACUCAACUGAAGUGAUGGAAUGUUUCAUGAAGAGGUCUGACAGAUCUGGAUCCUGUCAGAGACCUGGACCACCUGUUGAAGCAGGUACAGCUGUCAGUCCUCCAGAUGUUCUCAGACUGACGGGGAUGAUUGCCGACACUGAAACUUUAACAGAAGCAGGGGAGAAGAGCGUGAUGUCUUCCUCUGCUUCUUCUUCUUCAUGUUAUGUUCAGCAGCAUAAUCCAUUCGUUCAGUCUCUGUUGUGUCACCCGAACAUGUGACCGACUCUUCUUCAUGGGUUAAUUAAGCAGCUCCAGUAGCUCCUCCUCUUCUUCUUCUACACUGUCUCAGACAAACGAGCUUUGAAGUAAAUUAUUUAAUAUAUUUUUAGAGUUGUUUUCUAUCCUGUCCUCGUUAGCAUGCGUCCUCAGAGUGUGAUGAUGUACAUAUGUGACAUAGAGAUCUACACUCCCUCCUAAUAAACAAACCACUGUAUAGAAAGUGUAUUAGCCUGCACAUUUCUCAGGCUGUGAAGUUCAUUUUAUUUUUAAAAGAAAUGUAUAUAUUUUCUUGAUUUUUACCUGCAGCAGAACGAGUCGAGGAUCAUGAUCUGUGUUGUAGAUAAAUCUUUGUUUUCUGAUGUUAAUGAUUCUUCACGGCGACACUGUGUGAAUAUGUAAAUGAGAUUCACCGUGUUGGUCUCUACCUCUUGGCUUCGUUUACCUCCACACUUUUCUGCUUCAUGUGGGGAUGAAUUCAAACACUUGAAUGUCCAUUCAAGCUUUUAUACUGAAAUGAUGAAAAUAUACUGCCCCCACCCCUCCCCCUCUCCUGCACCAAGUUUAAAUCAUUCACCCAACAUUUGAAUCAUCAGACGUUUGUAUUAAAGCCAAGUGUUUCCUGACUGUUAGUCAAUUUUACUCUUUGAUAGAAUAGGACCUGAUGGGGGGGGUCGCUGUUUCCACCACAGCGGCUAUGUUCAAAGUUCAGUGUCAGCGAAUCCAGCUCAUACAAAGGUUUUAUUAUCAGACUAAUGAUAAGUUUGAUCAGUUUGUGUAUUUGUCUUUUAAUCAGAUCAAUAUCAGUAUUGAUCAGAUCAUUGAAUCUGAAUCUCAGAUUGAACCGAAUCAUCACAGGAAAGAUAAAGGUUGUUAAUGAUUCCUGAUCCACUGAAACCAGGUCUGAAGUGGUCUCAGUCAGAUCCAGGACCUGUUGGUUCAUGUACUCAUCCUCAUGUAUUCAUAGAGUUGUGUUUGGCAGUGAGAGGGUUAAUGUCAGAGAACACACAAUGAACAAACACCACAAUAAUAAUAAUUAAUAUUAUUAUUGUUGUUUCAGACUGAAGCAGAUUGUGAGUCUGUUUUCUCUGCUGGAAAGUGAAUCACGACGAUCAUGUGUUUCACUCCGGGUCCUGGGACAGACUCCGGGUCCUGGGACAGACUCCGGGUCCUGGGUCUGACUCCGGGUCCUGGGUCAGACUCCGGGUCCUGGGUCUGACUCCGGGUCCUGGGACAGACUCCGGGUCCUGGGUCUGACUCCGGGUCCUGGGUCUGACUCCGGGUCCUGGGUCAGACUCCGGGUCCUGGGUCUGACUCCGGGUCCUGGGUCUGACUCCGGGUCCUGGGUCUGACUCCGGGUCCUGGGUCUGACUCCGGGUUCUGGGUCUGACUCCGGGUCCUGGAUCAGACUCAAGGUCUGACGUUUGAUCUGUGUCUCAGUCUCAUCUUCUGAUGAAGAGUAACCUCAUCAUCAUCAUCAUCACCUUCUGUAGGAGACUGAAUGGUGGGAAUCUUCUCAGGAAUGAACACAGCUGUCAGUGGUCCUCGCUGCCCCCCCCCCCCCCCCCCCCCCGUGUAGAUACAGAUCUUUGUUUUACUUUGUUGAAUGAAGAACUUGAAUCCUAUUUUGAAACUUGUAGAAACUAACAUCAACUACUGGACGACUGAUUUACUGAAACUGUUUGUAUAUUUGAUGUCAUUUGAAUAAACGUUGCAGUAUAUACAGAA